UUUCUAUGUAACCCCAAACAAACGGCAUGCGUCUAAAAGCAAUGGAAAAUAGCAAAGUGCAGAGACUUUUUGGAGAUCAUCAAACCAGGUGUCAUCCUGGAGCUGCCUUGGCUGCGGCCCUGGACCAGGUGGGACCCUGGCUGCACAUGCCAGCCAGAUAACAGCACCUUAGGUUGAAAGCGGGAGAGUGGCCAUGCUCAAUCAGAGGAGGACUUUAGACGAGAGCUCGACAGCACGCUGAGCCGCAGCUAUGUGAGGCCGGCGUUUGAUGUUCAGCCCUCGCUCGCAGGUCAAAGUGACCCACUUGGCAGCGGUAUGAGGCCCCAGGCUGGAUUCCUACCUAGCUGAGGCCAGUAAGCGUCGUGCGGCGCCUGCCAACCAUCACCACCAUCACCAGCGCUGCUGCAAACAUUCCUUUCUGCAGCCCGGGGAGGGGAAAAGAUUCCGGCGUCGCUGCCAUGUGUCCGGUUCCCACGCCAGUCAUCCAUGCUCUGAUCCAGGACGCCGCUCCUCGCAGCGUCCGCCUUUCCCUCGCCAUCCCCUCACCGGGCCGGCUGGACCGUCCCUCAGGUUGAAUCCCAAAUGCCUUGCUCACGAUUGAAAGACCCCUUCCUGCCAUGGUAACCCUCAACAGGAUCAAAAUGACCUCCAGCAUCGAUCAGGAUGACAACAGCAUUUUUGGGUUAAUGGACAAAGAUGACAAGGACAAAGCAAAACGUGUGUCACGCAACAAGUCCGAGAAGAAGCGCCGAGAUCACUUCAACAUCCUCAUCAAUGAGCUGGGCACCAUGUUGCCAGGCAACACGCGCAAGGUGGACAAGUCCACUAUUUUGCAGGAGAGCAUCGACUUCCUGCAAAAACACAAAGAAGUCGCCGCCCAGUCCGAGUCGACGGAGAUCCGGCAGGAUUGGAAGCCUGCGUUUCUUAGCAACGAGGAGUUUACUCUGCUGAUGUUAGAGGCCUUGGACGGGUUCUUCCUGGCGAUCACGACGGACGGGAACAUCAUAUACGCCUCUGAGAGCGUCACGUCGCUGCUGGAGCACCUUCCUUCGGAUCUGGUGGAUCAGAACCUGUUGAACUUCCUGCCCCGGGGGGAACACUCAGACGUCUACAAGGUGCUGUCAUCUCAUGUCCAGGAGGGGGAGACUCUGGACCCCGACUUUCUGAAGACAAAAAAACAGCUGGAGUUCUGUUGCCACAUGCUCAGGGGGACGAUGGACCCCAAAGAGUCACCCGUGUAUGAAUAUGUCAAAUUCAUUGGAAACUUCAAGUCCCUCAACAAUGUGCCUAAUUGCGCCCACAAUGGAUUCACAAAGAUCGUCAUUCAGCGAUCGCUCCACUCGGCCUUUACGGAGCAAAUGUGUCUCGUUGCAACUGUGAGACUUGCCAAACCCAAAUUCAUUAAGGAGAUGUGCACUAUAGAGGAGCCUGAUGAAGAAUUUACCUCCAGACACAGUUUAGAAUGGAAGUUCCUCUUUUUAGACCACAGAGCUCCGCCCAUUAUUGGCUACCUGCCGUUUGAGGUCCUGGGCACAUCAGGUUAUGACUACUACCAUGUGGACGACCUGGACACGUUGGCCAAAUGUCACGAGCACCUGAUGCAAUACGGCAAAGGAAAAUCCUGCUAUUACCGAUUCCUCACUAAAGGGCAGCAGUGGAUUUGGCUCCAGACGCACUAUUACAUCACCUACCACCAGUGGAACUCCCGACCUGAGUUUAUUGUCUGCACGCACACUGUGGUCAGCUACGGCCACGUGAGAGCGGAACAGCGCCGACAGCUGGGACUCAAAGUGCUGACGCCUGAGAUGACGCCAGACAAGAAGUCGCACGCCUGCGGCUCGGAGCCGCCACCGGACACGUUCAACCUGAAGGAGGCGCUGGAGCACUUCCCCCACAGCCGGACGCCUUCGCCGUCGUCCCGCCGUUCGCGUGAAUCCUGUCACACGGCGAUGUCGGGCCCCUGUAAGGGCCACGCCCGCACGCGAGGUGAGCUGAGCACGCCAGGUCGCCAGUCUGGGUCCGACGUGGACGUGGCAUCGCAGAGAUCAUCAGCCGGCAGUCAGUCUAAAAGCACAACACAGAUGUCGUCACAACAGGAACAACAACAACACGUUCCAACAAGUGCUCAAGUAGCCGUCCAGCUGGAAUCCAUGCAGCAGAUGAAGACGCAGCUGGAGCAGCGCACACAAGAGAUCGAGGCCAACAUCCAGCGGCAGCUCGAUGAGCUGUGGAGGAUCCAGCAGGAGCUGCAGAGGGUCCAGGAGCAGGGUUUGCAGGUGCAGAAAGCAGCUGCGGGACUGAACGCCAGUACGGCGCGGCAGGGGCCCACGCUCAGCAUGCAGGGCCCGGCGGUCUCUGCGGGGCCAAUGCAGAGCGCCACCCAACAGCAGGACAUGGCACAGCCUCCACAGGGUACGCUGCCGGCUUCUAGUCUCUACAACACCGUCAUGAUCCAGCAACCAAACCCGGCAAACGUGCUGCAGAUUGCGCCCAACGCAGCGCCAAACGCUGCCGCUAUGUUCACGCAGGACGCCCAUAUUAGGUUUCCCAGCGCUCGGCAGCUGCUCACCAAGUUGGUCACGGGACACAUGGCGUGCGGCGCCGUCAUGGUCCCGUCCACCAUGUUUAUGGGCCAAGUGGUGACCGCUUUCACUCCGCAACGGGGACAGACGCAAAGCAUCAGCAUUUCCCAUCAGCCGCCAGCAGCACCUCAGCAAGAGCAGUCUCACCUGGUGCUCAAGGCUCCAAUGCUCCACGGAGGUCAGCCCACACAGCUCAUCAUGCCGGCGGCGUUCCCUUUGCAGCAGGCUGGAGCCUACACUAGAACGACCAACAAUAACAACAACUACCAGCAUCAACCGCGUUUAACACAACACAAACGGCAACAACAGCCCCCCAACACUUUGCCCGAUCAUUCCGUGUCGCAGCCGCAGUAGCAGCUUUCAGCCACCAGGGGCGGACCGGACACUGCACUAAAAGAGUCGCGUUUGGACUACUAAACGCUAGAAAAGGCUGCGAUGGCGCCCUCAAGUGGCAGGAAGAAGAUAACGGCGAGAAUAAAGCCGCGCCCUCUCUUUUUGUGUUUUUGCGCUUGUUUAGUUUUAACGCAGUUAUGCAAAAAUCAGCUUCAUCAUUGUUGAAAAUAUUAUAUCCAGAUGUACUGUACAUAAUAUAUCAUGUAAAUACAUAUUGGAGCUAGAAAUUACUAUUUUAUAUUGAGAGGAAUGCUCUUUUUCUAGUACUGGAAGACGAAAAAAAAAGACGUUUCAUUUUCACAGAUUGUCUGAAAGCGUAAAAGUUGAGUGAAUUAAAGCAUUUCAACAUAUUUAUGCUCCUGCAAUGUUCAUAAAAUAAAUCACUCAGUGUUUACAUCGUUCUGUUUCUCUAUAUAGUGAAGUCACCAAGUCACUGGAAAUAAAAUAUAUCCAAAUUUAUAUAUAUUUAUACAUACAUAGAACUCCAGUUGUACGUAGGUUUUGUUAUGUGGCAAACUUAUUAAAUACAUUAAACGAAAUGUAAUGAUAAAUGUCCAUUAAAUUGAUGUAUAUUUAUAUAAUGAAAUACUUUUUACAUUUAUUCAGUUGCCUUCAGUCUGGUCAAACUCACUGCCGCCAUCUGGUGUUCACAUAUGGUUAAGUGAAUUAUAUUAAUAUAGCGCUUUUUCUCUAGUGACUCAAAGCGCUUUACUUAGUGAAACCCAUUAUCUAAGUUACAUUUAAACCAGUGUGGCACUGGGAGCAGGUGGGUAAAGUGUCUUGCCCAAGGACACAACGGCAGUGACUAGGAUGGCAGAAGCAGGGAUCGAACCUGGAACCCUCAAGUUGCUGGCACGGCCGCUCAACCAACAAGCUCUACAGUAUAUACACGUCAACAAAGUACAGUAAUAUUUUACAAGUGUUUUUAUAGUAAUAAGAAAAACAAGUGAUUUGGGAAUUUUAUUGAUUUGGUUGUCGUUUUUGUAUCAAUAUUUAAACAAAUAUAUUUUGGGGUCAUAUAAACUAAUGUCUUAAUAAAUUAACUUGAAAGACAGGAAAACAUUUUAUUAAGCAUUUCCACUUAAAGGUCAAUGAUUUUUUUAUUGCAGGAUUUAUGUUUUUUUUAAUUAACUGAGUGCACCUUGUCCAACCUUUUAGAAAAAUAUUUCCUUAUGAUCUUUCACCCUUCACUUUCCAAACUUCAAUGACACUAAAUAAAUAGAUCAUUUUUUAAAUUAAAACUGGAGUGAGGUGAGCUUUAUGUACACUAUAGUAUGUUAGCAAAACAAUGCAGAAAUAUCAACUUAUUGUUGUUUCCACAAAAAAAAAGCAUAAAAUAACAGACAGUAUUUAUAAUUUGACUUUGAUGAAUUAAUUAAUAGAUCACCAAAAAAGACAAGCAUGUUUAAAAUGAAGAAAACAAGGACUGUCUAACAUGUGGAAAAAGCACUCAGUAACAAAACAAACAAAGUACCUUUGUGGUUGUAUCUCAACACUACAUUUCCCAGAAUGCUUUGAGCUCCAAGAGGCCGCAGUCUCCACACUGUAGUCCACAGCAGUUGAUAAUCUCUCGACAGUGACGAAUGCAAACUAUGGACAAUUAUGUACACGGUAAAGAGUCUUUUCAGGACGCUGGCUCUCACAGUCCUCCCUCUGGUUUGAUGAAGAGGGCGGAGAAGGCGAAGGCCAAGAACACGAUCCCUCCGAUGAUUGUGACUGUGUCAGGAAAAGACAACAAGACGGGUUAAAUUCUGGUAAUUUGUUUCCAAGUAUCAUGUGUGUUGGAUGUGUUCUGUUAAUAACUAAGUGGUGGAGCAUAAUAUUAUGUUGAUGAAAAUUAAAUUAAUUAAUCUUUGGAGAACUGGCUAUUUUUGAAAUCAAAUUGAAAAAUAGAGUUUAAUGUAAUUUAAUGUUAUUGAAUAUAGUUUAAAAACAUGCUCUUCUUAUAUGUAUUUACUUAGAUUUAAUUAAUUUGAUUUAACUUAAAUAUUAUUGAAUAAAUAUGUCAUUUUUAUUUUAGUAUGGGGUAUUUUUAUUUUUUCAACGUAAUAAAAAAAAGUUUAAAAAAAUGUGGUUAAAUGUCGGCUUUUAAAAAUACCAAUAAUUAAUUAAUCAAUUUUUUUAAGUUAAAAUUAAAAUAUCUGGUUUACUGUAGUUUAAUGUAAUUUUUAAAUACACAAAAAAAUCUUUGUUUUUCUUGGGCUAUUUUUUACUUCUACUAAUUACAACAAAUUCAAAUCACACGGUACCGCACAAUACGAUAGAAAACAAUUGUCCGUUUAUAUUUUGCAGCAUAAUUUUAGACAAAACAAUUGCAGUGUUUUGGUAAAUGAAUAGAAGUAUGAAUAAUGUAGUGCAUGCAUGUGAUCCAAGAUGGCUGACAACAAUCAUACAACAAUACAACGUGCCUAAAGGUUAAAAUACAAAAAAUAUAUUUAUUUGCGGCAGAGCGCAUUAUCGUAAGGUUAAAAAUAGCUUUUUUUUUCACACCCCUAUCUAAAAUGUAUACAUUUCUGGUUUAAUGUAGGCUUUUAAAACUUCUUUAUUUUUUAAAAAUAAAUACAUGUUUGGUUUAAUGUGGGUUAUUUUUUAAUCAAAUUAAUUCUAUAAAUUAGGCUGUUCUUAAUUAAAUUGUUCACUGAUUUAAUUACUGGUUGAUGAAGUAGAAUCUCUAUCAAAUUGAUUCAAUAAAUAUAAUUUCUGGCUUAACAGGCAUUUAAUUGUUAAUUUGAUUACCUGCAUCAACAUGUUAGUUUUUGGUUCACCUAUUUUUAAAACACACUUAAAAUUUUCGUUUAAUGUGGUCUAUUUUUCCAAUAAAGUACAAUAACCUUUCAGGUUUAACGUAGGCUUUAAAUUUACUUUAAAAACAAUUCUGGUUAAAACAAAGUGUUUUUAAAUGCUGUAAUGUUUAUGAAUAUUGCCUGGGCUUCUACAUGAAUAGGGGACAUGGUGUGUUGCAAUGCGGUGGUCUCACCUGUCCUGACGGAUAUCUUCUGUGCGAUCAUCCUCCCUCCCACCACAGCCAGGCCGGUGCACAAGCAGUGACCCAGCGUGCCUCCGACAGCCACACCAAACGGAUCCUGGUUGGGAUUUUUAAAAGCUUUGAAAGCAAACAGAAUCAAAAAAGGAAACAUGGGGUCAUGUGACGCACCUCUCGGGCAGCCAGGAUGAUGGUGGUCAGCUGCGAGCGGUCCCCCCACUCCGCCAGGAAGGUGAGGGUGAGCGCCUGGAUGAAGAUGGGCGAGAUGACGCUGUGCCACCUGGACGGCGGUGGCGAGGCGGCGGCCCCCGCCUCCACGUCUUGAGUCCCGUUGAUGAGCUUGGUGCGCUGCAGCUGGGAGGACAAGAUGAGGACAUUUAAAAAGGCCGUUAAGAGGACCUUUGCUUUGUCUCCUACCUCUUCGUCUUUCUUCUUGAUCUCCGCCUGCACUUCCUCCAGCUCCUCUUGGCCCUCGUCAGGACUCAUGCGGAGCCCCUCCCUCAGCAUGCGUACGCCGAAGAUGGCGAACAGGGCGGUGGACACGUAGUAGGUGUAGAUCCUGGGGAUGAUGGUGGUGGCGUAGCCAAACAACACUGGUGUGGACAAAAACCAGAAGGAUGGAAUUAGUAUUUUUUUUCCAUUUCCAAAGCCACAGUUUGACCCUGGAACAGACUAUUUUAGUUUAUAUUUGACUCACCAGACAGGCAGGUCAUGAGUCCCAGGGCCAGCAUGGCGCCUGCCAGCACGGUGAGCCGGUUGUAGCGCAUGGCCAUGAUGGCGGCGAUGAAGAAAGUCUUAUCUCCCAACUCUGACACGAUGAUGACGGAGAUGGAGGCCACGAAGGCGUGGAUGAAGCCCAGUUUUGCUUUGCCGGAGUCAUCGUCUUUCACCACCGGGACCAAAUGUUGGGAACUGGAGGCCUUCUGGAAGAACACAAGGAAGUGUUUUUUGUGCUGUGUUCUCUAGGCCACCAUUCCACGUUGUAAGUAAAGUUAUGGCUGCUCGACAGUGUUUUAGCAUGGAAGACAGGUUUUAUAUAACUGGGGACCAAAAAUAUAGAGCAGGGGUCCCCAAACUUUUUGACCCGGGGGCCGCAUUGGGUUAAAAAAAAUUUGGCCAGGGGCCGGGUUGUAUACUGUAUAUACGUUAAGUCAGGAAAAAACACAGGCUAUUUCAUCCCUACAAGCUUGUUUCGCAGGUUUCCCUGCUCUUCAGGGGAGUCUAUAUAAACUGAAAUGAAAUGAAUUAAAUAGCCUCUGUGUUUUUUUCUGACGCAACGUAUAUUCCGCUCUACCCCGGUUUUGAGUCAAGUCAAGUCAAGUCAAGUCAAGUCAACUUUAUUUAUAUAGCACGUUUUCAACAACUUUUAGAUUGAACCAAAGUGCUUUACAGGUUAAAAAAGCAUGGAGCAAAAAAAAACUAAGCAAAACAAAAAACAAACAAAGAACAUAGCCGAGUCAUACCAAAGACUAUAAAAAUGGGACCCAUAACCUCCCUGCUUGGCACUCAGCAACAAAGGGUUGGAGUUGGGGGUUAAAUCACCAAAAUGAUUCCCGGGCGCGGCGCCGCUGCUGCCCACUGCUCCCCAAGGGGAUGGGUCAAAUGCAGAGGACAAAUUUCACCACAUCUAGUGUGUGUGUGACAAUCAUUGGUACUUUAAUCUUUAAACAAUGAAUGUGCUAAACAAGAUAGUGCAAAUGCAAUACGGUAAAAGGGGUCGAAUAAAAAGUUUUAAAAAAUUUGCAGAAUAAAAAUAAUAAUAAUAAAAGUGCGACAAAUUGAAAAAUGCAACUAAAGCGGAGGGGUGGGAGGGACUAGAAAUGGUGGCCUAGUGGGCGGACUCAGCUCGGGUCAAAGGCCAGCGAGAAGACGUAGGUCUUAAGGAGGGUUUUGAAGACCCCCAGGCUCUGGGCUGACAUAAUGUGGAGGGGAAGGCUGUUCCAGAGCUUAGGGGCGGCAACGGAAAAGGCUCUGUCCCCUCUGGUCUUUAGCCUGGAUCUGGGGACCGCCAAAAGCAUUUGGUCAGCUGACCUCAAGGCUCUAGACGAGGUAUGGUGAUGCAGCAGCUCGGUCAGGUAUUGUGGGGCCAGACCAUUUAGGGAUUUAAAAACAAUUAAAAGUAAUUUAAAAUCAAUGCGGUGACGGACAGGGAGCCAGUGGAGUGAGGCCAGCACUGGGGUGAUGUGCUCGCGUUUUUUGGUACUGGUGAGGAGACGGGCAGCCGCGUUUUGCACAAGAGCACUGUAUAAAGGAUAAACCACAGUAACCUCGACUAUAUAUAUAUAUAUAUAUAUAUAUAUAUAUAUAUACUGUAUAUAAUCUGUCUCAUUGCAGAUUAGACCAACUGCCUUUUCCUUACAUUGAACAAAAAAAAGUCAUAUGUCCACUGAUGUUUAAAAACUCUACACUGAGAAUAUUUUACGUUUUCGCCAUUUUUUUUCCUUGUGCACUUGCCGCGCUCUCACCUGUCUUUGCGGCGCGAGCGUGAUGAUGUCACUGGAGACCCAGUAACAAGCGGUAGAAAAUGGAUUGUUGAAUGGAUGAGAAAGGACAGAUUACAAAAUAAAUACAAAUAAAAAACAAACACAAAAAAAAAAAUAUUGAAAAAAAAAAUGUUGUUAUUGUUAUUCAGGACUACCCGCAGGCCGGAUUUUGGAUGCUGGUGGGCCGUAUCUGGCCCGCGGGCCAUAGUUUGGGGACCCCUGAUAUAGAGCAUCAACAUCAAGUCAUUCCUGUUUUACAUGAUUGAUUUUUUUAUUUCUAGUCAGGUAUUUUUGCAAUAUGUCCUUAAAAACUAGAGAUUGACUGAUGUAAUUUUUUAGUAUUAGUAGUCAAGGACGCCGAUCAUCGAUAUUUGGAGCUGAUUUUCAUUUGCAGUAAAAGUAAGCUAAACAUAAAUAGUAUACAUCAGUAAACAGCUGGACAAAGCUUUAAGUUCUUUUUUUUAAGGAAACUUGGGACCAGUAGUGACAUACUGUUUAUGCUGUGCUAAUGUUGUGGUUCAUUUAGCACCAGAAAACAUCAGGGGAUUUCUCAACAUCACAAAAAAUCGCCACCUACUCAUUUUUAUAGCAGUUUCUAAAUUUAAUACAUUUUUAAGUUUCCUCUAGAGGAACCCUGAAAUAUUGCAAACAUUUAAAUUAAAACAAUUCUGGGCUCCUUCACGUAAAUUAUAGUCGAGACAUUUUUCAAGCUGACUGACAUUUCUUCCUGCAUGUUACAGAAAGUAUGAGAAUGUGUGAGCUGCUGCCUCCUCUUCUUUACUAAUCUAAAAAGUCUCCUAUUUUUCAAGGUAUUUACACAAAGUUUGUAUUUUUGGCAGAUAUAUAUUUUUUCUGCCAUGUUAAUAUCCACUCAUCUCUGUCAUGUUAUUUGAUUGGAUCAUGGAACAUGAACCUCUGCGCACUCCUUUGAUGAGCCUACGCUUCGACUGUUGCGGAUGGAGGCUUGUUGAGCAACUCGAUCGCCGGGGAAACUAAGAAUAGAUUAAAGAACCGACAAAAAACAAAAUGUUCAGUAGAAUUGAAAGCGGGAAAAAUCUUAUCAAGUUCCCAUCCCUAGCUGUAAUGAAUUGUACUCAGCGCUCCAUUGAUCAUGACUUUUUGUUGUGGUCUUAACUCAGAGUAAACAUACUCAGAAUUGAUUUAACUAAAUCACAUCAGCUGUUCUGGAACCCAACACUCAAGGCCUGAUUCACCAAAGGUGUUGGUGUACUAAACACGUGCAAGACCUGAUAGCACACGCAAAACUGAUCUACUUAACGUGUACAAAGUGGACUGCGUCUGUUAAGUGAGCAGAAUGAGGCGUGCAAUCCAUUUUGGGUGUCUGUCUUAAUUAUUAAGCAAAAUAUAUGCGGAUAAUCAAAACAUUCAUUAAGAUGCAAGUACAAUUAUUUAGCACGCGCAAUGUGAUUUAUCAACACUCGUUACCCGUUUUGCAAAACAAAUUCAAUCAAUGCGUUUUGGUGUCAUUUAAUAUUUUUAAUGAGAAUGUGAAAGUUGUCUUGUCUAUUUGUGUUGGCCUUGUGAUGAGGUGGCGACUUGUCCAGGGUGUACCCCGCCUUCCGCCCAUAUGCAGCUGGAAUAGGCUCCAGCACCCCCCGCGACCCCAUAAGGGACAAGCGGUAGAAAAUGGAUGGAUGGAUGCUUAUUUCACAUUUAAUAUAUAUUAAAAUAUUUCUUAUAUGAAAACAACUUUUUAAGUAUGCUGCUCUUUUCACUUUUUUAGUCCUUAUGUAACGACAAAUCAUGAAGUUAACUUACAUGUCUUGUUGAAAUUUUUGUAGAUGGACUGUGCUCACGCGUAAAAAGCAACCAAGCAACUAAAAAAAAUAUGUAGCGUCCUCCUUGUAGUUUGUAUUGAUGUUAAAGACAAUAUACACUUCAUUACACAUGUACCAUAUCACUAUAUCGAUGAUUAAAUGCUUUAUAAUUACCUUCAACAUGCAAAAUGGUUUCCUUGGCUCGUUAGUGCGUGCUGAUUUUAGAAAUGUACACUUCACUGCACAGGUAAUACAUCACCAUGUUGCUGAAUACGUUAUCAUUCUACGAGUGUUGGGUUUCAGCAGCACAGGUAUGCAUUCGCUCUUUAAUAAUGUUCCCAGGGCUUUGUGUAUGCGCAGGCUGGUUUUAAAGAUAAUGUACAUGUCAUUGUAUAUCUAAAGUCGAUCAAAAUAAACAUAACAGGAGGUGUAAUGCCACCAAGUCAGAUAUUGCUGCUUUUUUCAGACUUCUGAUUGGACAAAGUGUGCGACAGCAAGUGUAUGAGUUUGUGUGUAGACAUAGACAGUUUUGAAACUACACUUGUGUGGAUGGAAAUUGUUUUAACCCCAAAAAUGUGUUUUUGAAACUGUCCGUGUUCGUGUGGACAUGGCCUUAGUUUCCCCAAAAUAAAUCCAAGACUUAAGGUAUAAACUCAGUUUGUUAAACCUCCAACCAGGAAAAAAUGUUAGGAUCCGCUGCUCGGAUCACAGUUUGUUUA